AUGUUGAUUGAUGAACCCAAAUCACCCGAGACAUUGGGAAGUGCACAAGAUGUUUCAAUCCCAAGCCCUAAUGUAGGGGGCGAUGAGGAAUUUCAGGCGCCAAUCUCAAUGGCCAAUGUUGCCAAUAACAUUGGCGGCAGGCAGAUUGCAGGGCAUCUGUCUUCGAAGAAGAAGAAACUUGCUUGCAGCCUACAAAAGGCAAUAAACAAGUAUCUCCAUUAUCAUUGUAAGGGGGGACAUCCAACUACUGACCUCUUACGCGAGCGCAUCUAUGCAGCACUCAAGGGUGCAUUGUUGGACACGGAAGUGGACAACAUUAUGCCCAAUGGUGAAGAGAAGCCCAAAACAAACGACAACGGACAAGAUGUAUGGGCAGUGAAUUCAUUUCACAGUAAUCUCUAUUGA